CAAUACGUCGUGCGAGUCUCUUGUGUGUACGAAGAGCAGGAAAGCAAACCCCUUGUUGGAACUCAGAAAACAGCCCUGGACUCUCCCACUGGCAUAGAUUUCUCCGAAGUCUUCCCGAACUCCAUCACUGUGCACUGGCUUGCCCCUCGAGCAGUCAUCACUGGUUACCGCGUCAGACACCAGAUGGCCAGUGGAGGCCGUUUCAAGGAUGACAGACUCCCUCCAUCCCGCACCUACUUCACUCUGACUGGUCUCAACCCGGGCACUGAAUACGUCCUCAGCAUCUUUGCUGUCAGCGGCACUGAGGAGAGUCUGCCCCUGACUGGCAGGCAGUCUACAAUUUCUGACAUGCCAACAGAGCUGGAGGUAACGUCUUCCACUCCUACAAGUCUGUCCAUCUCCUGGGAGGCUCCUCCAGUCACUGUGCGCUACUACAGGAUCACGUAUGGGACGACAGGAGGCCACUCCCCUAUCACGGACUUCACAGUACCUGGGACCGUGUCUUCCACGGUGAUUGAGAAUCUUCAGCCUGGCACGGACUACACCAUCACUGUAUAUGCCGUGACUGGACGAGGAGACAGCCCUGCCUCCAGUACCCCGAUCACAGUCCGUCACAGAACAGCGAUCGGCACACCAACAAAAAUGGAGGUAACAGACGUCAAGGACCGGACGAUCAAAGUCAGAUGGUCUCCUUCCUCAGGUUCAGUAACUGGGUACAGAGUUACAGGAGUUCCCAAGAGUGGCCACGGGCCCACUGUGACUGAGAUGGUCCCAGCAGAUCAGAAUGAAAUCACCAUCUCUGGGCUGACGCCAUCUGUCGAGUAUGUGCUCAGUGUUUACACCCUGGGUCAGAGUGGGGAGAGUGCCCCCCUGGUGGAGACGGCUAUCACAAACCCCGACAGUCCUAAAGCCCUCACUUUCACGGAGGUUGGUACCACCUCGAUGAAACUUGGCUGGGAAAUCCCAGAUGGCACUGUGACCUCCUACAGGAUCGUCUACUCCAGCCCAGAAGAUGGAGAAAGGGAACUUGUGCCCGCCCCCAGUGGAGACGAUGACACUGCUGAGCUCACCGGCCUCCGCCCUGGCAGCGAUUACACCAUCAAAGUGAUUGCUGUGCAUGAUGACAUGGAAAGUCAGCCACUUACUGGCACCCAGUCCACUGGUGUCCCAUCGCCUACUAACCUGCAGUUCACUCAGGUAGCCCCGUCCAGCUUAACAAUCCAAUGGGAUGCUCCCAACAGCCGGCUCACCGGAUACCGUAUAGUAGUCAAUCCCAAGGAUAAGAGCGGCCCGAUCAAGGAGAUGAACGUCGCCCCCGACAGCACCAGCACUGUUGUGUCUGGACUCAUGGUCGCAACGCGAUACGAAGUGUCCGUCUAUUCGCUGCAAAACUUUCUGACAAGCCGUCCACUGACUGGGGAGGUCACUACACUGGACAACAUCAGCCCUCCGCGCCGAGUGCGCAUCAUUGAGGUGACGGAGUCCGCCAUCACACUGUCAUGGCGCCCCAAACCAGAGACCAUCACUGGCUUCCUCAUUGAAGCCACCCCUGCUGGCUCCGAAACUCCCAUUCAGAAGACCGUGGGUCAGGACACUCGUACCUUCACAAUCACCGGUCUGCGGCCUGGCACGGAGUAUACCAUUAACAUCUACACACUGAGUGGAAAUGCCCGCAGUGCCCCUUACACGGUGUCUGCUGUGACAGCUAAGCCAGCAGUGGAGUCCCCAACCAAACUGCAGUUUACUUCUGUCACCUCCACCUCGUUGUCAUUCAGGUGGGAGCCGCCCCACUCGCGCAUCACUGGCUACUUUAUCACGUACCAAGAAGACAACCAGCAGCCGAAGGAGCUCCUGCCACGGCCGCACGCUGGCAUCAACAAGGCCACCAUUCAAGAUCUGAAACCGGGAACGAGGUACAUCAUUAAGAUCAUUGCUCUGGAGAACAGUCUGAGGAGCCCGCCAUUAUCCGGCUUAAUCGUAACCCAGUUGGAGCCCCAGCUGCCUUCGCUAGGAGAUCUGCCCCAGCGCCCUUCCCCAUCCUUCCUGGACGUACCUGAGCCCAUCGAGCCUAAUCCCUUCCCGCGCCACGGCUUUAACGAUAACGGCGUCCGACUCACCGGAACCAACGGUCAGACUAGUCCAGGGCAGCAAGGCCAGCACAUCUACACCGAGUAUCAGAACCAGCGUCUCCCACAUAGCGUAGAGCAGCGCCCCUAUGUUCCUGGUGUUGGGGUGGAGAACGUGGGUGGUGCCCACCCCGGUCACACACUAGUGCAGGUUAACGAAGCGUCUGUGCGGGUUCAACCCUUUGCUAUUCCAGGCAAUGGCACAGACCUGAACCAAGAGGCCCAGUCCCAGACGGUCAUUACCUGGAAACCCCAGAUCCAGACGUCGGAAUACAUCAUCUCCUGCCACCCCAUGAAUCCGAACGAGACCCCCCUGCAGUUUUCUGUACCGGGCACCUCCACCAUGGCAACUCUGACUGGCCUGACCUCGGGGGCAUCCUACAACAUCAUCGUGGAAGCGGUGAAAGGAAACGCGCGGCACAAGGUUUACGACGAAGUCCUGACGAUCGGGGAUUCCGUUCCAGCAGAGUCGCAAAAGGACAUGUGUUACGACUCCUCCACGCGCACCGUGCACGAGAUCGGAGACGAGUGGGAGCGCAUGUCUGAGACGGGCUUCAAACUCUGGUGCACCUGCCUGGGGUUCGGCAGCGGACACUUCCGGUGCGACUCGUCCAAGUGGUGCCACGACAAUGGCAAUAACUACCGCAUCGGAGAGAAGUGGGACCGCCGCACGGAGAGUGGACACAUGAUGAGCUGCACGUGUUUGGGAAACGGCAAAGGAGAAUUCAAAUGUGAACCACAUGAAGCCACCUGCUAUGAUGACGGAAAGAUGUACAGGGUGGGCCAGCAGUGGCAGAAGGAGUACCUGGGGGCCAUCUGCACCUGCACCUGCUUUGGAGGCCAACAGGGUUGGCGUUGUGAGAACUGUCGCAGGCCGAACGUCCACGCCGAGACCUCGCAGCCCUCCGAGCAUUCGCUGGAUGUCUACAAGGAUAACACGCUGCAGAAGCUGCGUCUCAGCUGCCCCCUCGAGUGCCUACGGCCCGACCUCCUCGCUGAUGCAGAAGCCCACAGUUCCCAUAACUGAGCGCUGCCCGCUGCCCUUCACCUGAAGCUCUGCUUGCUCGUUCGUUCACUCACUCGCUCGCUCACUCGCUCACACCUCUGUGCCUUUCUCUUCGGCUGCUUCUCCUGCCAGGCUCGGCUCUUCGGAGCCUCGUCUUCGUCUCGUUGUUGUUGUGUUUUUGGUUUUUAUUUUGUUUUUAACUUUAUUUGAAGCGGCGGUUGGUGUCAAGUU